AGUGCUUGAAACCAAAACCACAGUCAUUUACUCAACAGUAUUCAGAUUUCAGGACUACUAAUAAUGAUAACUCAAAGCCAAAAAGAAAACUGAGUUUUGAAUUGAGUUCAACUUCAAGUAUCACAUGUUUGUUUAUGCACAUCUCGUGUUUGCAUUUAUAGCUCACUCAUCUUACUUUUUAUAUUCAAAUAUAUAAAUGUCUAUCUAUUCCAUUAUUUGUACCUGUCCUCUACUCAUUAGCGUCCAAAAGGGUAUUUCCACAGUAGCUUAAACUUCUCAUUUCCAUGGGUUUAUUGUCUUUUUAAGUGAGUGUGUGUGUGUGUGAGAGAGAGAGAGGCUCAGAUCUUCUGCAUUUAAGAGAAUCUGGGAAAUGGGUUCUCAGAUUUCUGAGUUUUUGAAAAUGUGGUUGUGUUUUUGGGUAUGUUUCUAUAGCUUGAGCUUGGUUUUUGUGGGUUCUGAGCUUGUAGCAGGAGAUGGGAACAUUGAAGGGACUGUUUCCAUUGAUGGGAAAGUUAUCAUUGGGAGGAUUGAUGAUGAUUUUAUCUGUGCUACUAUGGACUGGUGGCCUCCUGAGAAAUGUGACUAUGGAACAUGCAGUUGGGGUCAUGCUUCUCUUCUCAAUCUGGAUUUGAGCAACAAAAUUUUCUUAAAUGCCAUAAAGGCUUUUUCACCAUUGAAGAUUAGAUUAGGUGGUACUUUACAGGACAAGGUCAUUUAUGAUACUGAAGAUAAUAAGCAACCUUGCACUCAAUUCACUAAAAACACAUCUGAGUUGUUUGGCUUCACUAAUGGAUGCUUGCCCAUGAGCAGAUGGGAUGAAUUGAGCACUUUUUUCAAGUCAGCAGGGGCAGAGAUUAUUUUUGGAUUGAAUGCUCUAACUGGAAGAACAAUACAGCAUGAUGGUUCUGCAGCUGGUGCUUGGGACUCCUCCAAUGCUGAAUCUUUUAUCCGUUAUACAGCCAAAAAGAACUAUUCAAUUUAUGGCUGGGAGUUAGGGAAUGAAUUAUGUGGGAGUGGAGUUGGAACAAGAGUUGCCGCAGCUCAGUAUGCCUCUGAUACCAUUGCUCUGAAGAACAUAGUGCAGAAUGUCUACCAGGGAAGUGACUCAAAGCCUCUGACAGUAGCUCCUGGAGGAUUCUUUGAUGCAAAUUGGUUCAAAGAAUUUUUUAAUAAGACAUCUAAAUCUUUAGAUGUGGUAACUCACCACAUAUAUAAUCUAGGGCCAGGGGUUGAUACACAUCUCAUUGAUAAGAUUUUGAAUCCAUCCUAUCUUGACGGUGAGGCCAACACAUUCAAAAGCCUCCAUGACACCCUCAAGAGUUCUGGAUCAUCGGCAGUUUCGUGGGUUGGUGAGGCAGGAGGUGCUUACAACAGCGGUCGGAAUCUUGUCACUAAUGCAUUUGUGUUUAGUUUCUGGUAUUUGGAUCAGCUUGGUAUGUCAGCAGCUCAUGAUACUAAAACAUACUGCAGACAGUCAUUGAUUGGAGGAAACUAUGGAUUGCUUGACACUAAUAACUUCGUACCAAAUCCAGACUAUUACAGUGCUCUCCUUUGGCACCGGCUAAUGGGAAGAAACGUACUAUCGACAAGCUUUUCUGGGUCCAAGAAAAUCCGUGCUUAUGCUCACUGUGCAAAACAAUCUAGAGGGAUAAUGGUACUACUAAGCAACCUUGACAAUAGCACCACAGUUCUUGCCAAAGUUGCCUUCAAUGGAACGUGGAGUUUACGACGAAAACACAGAAGUCAUCACACAUCAAGUAGUGCUUCUCACAAAACAAGGAUUUCUCAUAGAGCAAAGGCGAUCAAGAUACCUCGAGCUAAUAAGCAAAAGAGUGAGCCUGUGAGAGAAGAAUAUCAUCUUACUGCCAAAGAUGGUAAUCUACAGAGCCGAACCAUGCUGCUUAAUGGAAACAUUCUGACUCUAGAUUCAUCUGGGAGCAUACCUUCUUUAGAUCCUAUAUAUAUAAAUUCAUCAACACCCAUAGUGGUUCGCCCCUUUUCUAUUGUAUUCGUUCACAUACCUCAUGUUGUUCUCCCAGCUUGCAAGUAGUUGAUCCAAGGAACUGAAACUGGUUCCAUAUAAUUAUAGCCAUUGACAAUAAGAGAUAGAAUACAAAUUCAAAUGUACCUCAUUUUUCGCAACAGAAUACAAAAAAGAAGAGUUCUCAAUAAACAAACUUCUUCCCUUUU